GCGGCCGGGGUGUUGGGGGUCGUCAUGGUCCUGCUGUUGGUCAUUCUCAUCCCGGUUCUGGUUAAUUCCGCGGGAACUUCGGCGCAUUACGAGAUGCUGGGUACCUGCAGAAUGGUGUGCGACCCCUACGGCACCAAGUCGCCAACCAGCACCGCUACGUCCGACGCAGUCCGAGACAACAGUCUGGUGCAGUCUUUACCUACUUUUAUCCAGGGUCCGAAAGGGGAACCAGGCCGACCAGGUAAGGCGGGUCCUAGGGGUCCCCCAGGCGAACCGGGACCGCCCGGUCCGGCGGGGCCGCCCGGGGAGAAAGGAGAACCGGGCCGACCUGGUCUACCGGGUCCUCCGGGACCCAACGCAGCUGCUGGAGCAAUCAGCGCCGCAACCUACAGCACGGUGCCCAAAAUCGCCUUUUACGCAGGUCUUAAAAAGCAACACGAGGGCUACGAGGUGCUCAAAUUUGACGACGUGGUGACGAACCUGGGGAACCACUACGACCCCACGACGGGAAAGUUUACUUGCUCCAUCCCCGGGAUUUAUUUCUUCACAUACCACGUCCUGAUGCGCGGCGGAGACGGCACCAGCAUGUGGGCUGACCUGUGCAAAAACAACCAGGUGCGUGCCAGUGCCAUAGCGCAGGAUGCUGACCAGAACUAUGACUAUGCCAGUAACAGCGCCGUGUUGCACCUGGAGCCCGGCGACGAGGUCUACAUUAAACUGGAUGGGGGAAAAGCUCACGGGGGCAACAACAACAAGUACAGCACCUUCUCUGGAUUCAUCAUCUAUGCUGAUUAGAGCACUAGGAGGUGACCUAUUGGACAUGUAACACUCACUCUUGUGCCCUCAGUCAUUACAGGCCUCGCCCCCCGAA